ACCAUGGGACUUUUGACAUACAUUGCCGUAGCUGCGGGAGCAGGAGGAGCAGUAGCCAUUGCUCCUUUAGUGCUGGGGGCUGUAGCAGUUGGGAUGAAAGCUGGAGGAGGAGGAGUGGCAGCAGGGGGUGCGGUGGCUCCUCUGCAGGCAGCAGGUAUGGCUGGUCUGGCAGGUGCUGCCUAUGCAGCUGUGGCAGUGGCUAGAGGGGCUGUGAGUGGACUGGUGGCUGCUCUCAUCUGAGACUCACAUGACCAAGAUCAAGAAGGAAUAACACACGUGGAAAAAAUGUUACAAGUUUCUUCCAGUUGGCAGACAUACAAUCAGUGAAAUAGAUGAGUUUACAAAGCCAACUACACUUUAAUAUUUGGUAAAAAAAAUAUGUUGUCAAAUGAAGAAUAACUUAAAUAAUAA